CCCGUAGAUCUGUCGUCGUUUAGAUAAGACGAUGUUCGUUGAAAGGCUCACCAUUUCAGUGGCCCGUGAUCUGACUCCUAUUUAGAUAGUAUAGAUGAUUGUUAUCGCCUUUUCUCGUAUAUCAUCGUCGACUUAAAUCACGUUAGUCAAUAACGGAAUUUAGAUAAGUCAGUUAACGAGAAUGGCCUUUGAAUACAUAUAUUUUGUAUGUUAAGUGAAUGUAAUAAAACAGAGCAAAAUGACGCGCAGGGAGGAUGGCUGGGAAGCCAACUCCAUUUUAGUCAAGCGUUACCCAAUAUUUAUAGUCAAACAAAAUAAAGAUACAGACAUGUGGUUAAUGGGAUAAGAAGGGCACACACAUAUACGUUCAUAUAAAAACAAUCAAGACUGUCAAGCGAAUAAUUGACAAGGUCAACAUAUGACUCAAGUAGAAUGAAUAGAUUGGUUUGUCCGAAAACUGGAAUAAGGUAUAUGGGCUUAAAAUAAUGACUGACACUACAAUAUCUAAGACACAGCUUAUUUUCUGGAUAUAGCUGUACCGAUACAAUAGAUUGGCAACAGUAGACGCUACCGAAGAUCGUGACUUCAGAGUAAUGACACAUGAACUCUAAUGUGCCAAUCGGUCAACACUUUCUUCACACAAACCGCGCUCUAUUCAAAAGGACAAUGGUAUUCUUUCUCCACUAAUAAUCUCCGAGGUCAUAGCAAGAAGGUUCAUAAACCACGAUCUAAUAAACUUAAAGUGGGAUCCCGUUUUUCUCAUCGAGUAGACAAUCAUUGGAACGCCUUACCCGAACAAGUGGUAUCAGCCCCAUUAGUGAAUACUUUCAAGGAAAAGCUGGACCUUCACUGGAAAGCAAUGUGUCAGGAUUAACACAGGUUCAUCAGCCUACUAUCCUUAUUACUGAAGAUUGAAGACUGAAGACAAACGUAUUGAAUAUAAGAUUGAAACUGGGGUAAUUUUGUAACGUGCGUUACGUAGUGUGUAUAGCCCAAGUGCUCUGAAGAUAUUACUUGUAAUCCUAUGUGUAAUAAGAAAUGGCUUCUCGGGUAGCUGCAAAAGUGACUCGCAAAACAAAGGCAGUGGCUGAUUCUAUAGUUCAUCCACCAUUUCUAAAAUUAAUUAUACCAGCACAGCAAGCCCGACCAGCACCACCUUUAGGACCACAGCUAGGUAAACGAAACGUGAACAUCGCUCAUUUCUGUAAAGAUUUCAAUGAAAGAACGAAAGAUGUUGUAGAGGGAACUCCAAUGCCGUGUUUUAUAUCUGUCAAGGCCGAUCGAUCAUACGACUUAGUCAUCAGUCAUCCAUCAUCUAUGCAUUUGCUAAGAAUGGCUGCAGCAGCUAAGAAAGGUGCUUCCUCUCCAGGUACUGAAGUGUGUGGACGUCUUUCUCUUAAACAUAUCUAUCACAUUGCUGAGCUCAAAAAACAAGAUCCACAUUUAUUUACAGCGGAUUUGCAAGAUAUUUGUAAAAUGUUAAUUGGUACAGCACAUCGUUUGGGUAUUGAGAUUGUAACACAAGAUGACAUCGAAUCUGGAAAAGUUGACUACACACCCAGUGGAUAUGCGAAUUUCCUCCAAGAUCGUGAAGCAUAUCUCAAACAGAAAAAACUAGAGACGGAAACUGCCAAACAAAGCAAAAUGAUGAGAUUGUAAAUCAAUAUCUUGUAUGCAGUAGAAGUAUAGCUUUCCCAACAUUUAGCAGUAUUUUUUUAUUGUUAUAAAUUUGUAAAGUCGGCUUAAUAAUGAAAGCAUUUGGUUUUCAACCAACUGAUCGCAGACUACAUAUCCACUGUUUCUAAUUGUUUGGUCAGUGAGAUUACACUACUAACCCUCAUACACACAAUCCAGUCCAAAGAUAUGCCUAAACCUGUACUUAACAAAUAAUUUAUGAUCUUUAAAAUUAGUCCAUUCUUUUAGUACUAUAUCUUUCUAUAACACUAAAGAUACUUCGUGUCAAUUAACCUAUUAAUUUUGUUUGUGUAAGGCUUAGCAACAAAUAAAUCAUGUUAUCAGAAAUGGAGACCAAACUAUAAAUGUGAAGGAUCUCAACUCGAUAAUUUUGCAUGUUGUGAACGGCCUAUGCUUUCUGUAAGUCACAACACUAUCUGAUUGUAGAU